AUGGAUGGAGUGGUGACGAUGACGACGUUGACACAGGCACAUUUGAUUCAGUUUGUUAGCAAGGAGGGCUGCUGUGUAGGAAGAAGCUACGAUAGGGUGUUAUUGGGUGGUGCGGAAGGAAGUACAUCUGAGGUGAGGUGA